CGCCCCUUUUGUCCUGGACACUCAGACCUGGGGCCACACCGAGCGGCGGCGUGCGGACCACAGCGGGGUGAAGAUGCCUGUAUCCGAGUCAAACUGUGUGAGAAAACAGCCACGCCGCUACAGCUACAAAAGCAAUGGUGUGUGCAGUGAUCAGGUCCAGGACACAGGCUUGGUCAGUGGUACCAUGCAUUGUGGCAAAAAUGGCCCCAGAACAAUGGAUCCUACACAAGCUGCUACACACAAUGAUAGGACUCCAAGAAACAUGGUGAAUGGACAUGUCAAGAAUGGCUUCAAGAGCAAGAGCCAUGAAACGCUCUCUGUGUCCAGAAAAGAAAGUAAGAAGACCAUUUACUGUUCCAGUGCAAAACAAUCUGAAUGCAAUUGUAGUGUUUUGGUAAAUGGGUCCAGAGGUUUGGGAAGAGGGCCACUGUCUUCUACUAUAGCUACACAAGAACCAGCUACACUUGACCAAUCAACAGCAAUCAAGGCCCUGAGAAAAAAGAAGAAACCAUUGUAUAAGAAAAGGAAUAAUCAUGUUGCCCCUCUUGAAAACACCAUACCCAACCUCACAGAAGACUGGGAACACGAAAUCCAAGAGGUUAAACUCAGUAACUGGGAAGAGCUGUCUUUUGGGACUCACCCAUAUGGACCAGAGGAUGUGAUAACCUUCACUCUACGAGAUCUGAGCCUGGAACGAACCAUUUUACCUCUGUGGCAAGUGGCCAGCAGCAAGUACAACCCAGCCAUGUACCACAAGCAGCCCAUAAACUGGUUCAGACGCAUCCCUCUUCGUCCAGCGAAUUCAAAGAACAAAAGCCCCAUUGUUGCCAUCUGCAGAAGAAACAAUGCAUAGACUCUGCAUAUUUACUCAAGGAGUU